GAAGAGAAGCAUUUGCAGAUAUUUUAUCACAACUGAAGAUGCAACAUUGCAGGAAGUCCAAACUGUCACUUAAGGAUGUUCUAAGCAUUGGAAAGGAAUCUGUAAUGAAUGUUGAGCUUAAGACUGUUGAAGACAUCCCUCAGUAUUUUUUGCAGAAAGUCAUGGCUCUUGAUGUUGGAGCAAGAAACACAACAUUAAACCAACCAUCACCUGGCCGGGGAGAUGCAUGGGAUCUUACGUUCAAUGAAUAUGAAAGCGUUGAUUUGCAGAAUUCCAUCCAUCCACUUGAUGUUCUUUGUGCUGUUUUUCAUUGUUCAGAUAACUUUCUGCAGCAGGAACUCAUAUGUAAAAUGUCUUUGUGCCAAUUUGCCGUCCCUCUGAUCCUUCCACCUGGUGAUGGCAGCAAAUGUACCUUCUUGCUGUGGGCAAUGAGAGGCAUUGUGAAAAGGUGGAGGCCUCACUCAUUAGCUGAAACAAGAGGCUUCAUUGAAGACAAUGUAGUAAAUAUACAAAUGCCAAUGUUUUCUUUUGUAAGACUGGGGGAGUGCAACUUAUCCAAGUCCAAAAUCAUUAAUCAACUGCUUUGCCAAUCUCAGAUUCAUUAUGACAUUUUUGUGAACCAUGAUAUGGACUGCGGGAAUGGAGAAAAAAGAAUUUCAGAUGGACUAGUGGAAAUUUCUUGGUUCUUUCCCGGAAGUAUAAAUAAAUCUGAAAUAUUCCGAAACCCAAUGGCAGUCACCAAUUUACGAGGAGAUAUAAAGUCCAACUGGAGACAGUUUGCAUUUUUGGCAAACGUUUCAUCAGCUCUGUUUAUAUUGACAGAAUAUUUAUCCGACAAGGAUUAUGAAUUAAUUUUGUCAUGCAAAGAUGACAAAACACAUUACUAUUUUAUUGACAUAAGUGCCGGCAAGCAGCCAAAUAAAGAAACAAUAGAGAUAAUGAAGAAGAUGUCUGAGGAACCUAAUGUUCACUUUUUGAAGACUAGUAUUAGACAUGUCAAAGAACUGGUUAGGCAAAUACAACAGGUAGCCCUUAAACACUUUGAGACCCAAGUAAGUCUCCAGGAUCUGGCUGCUAUAGCUUCUAAACAUGGCAUCCGAGUAGAUGAGAAUUGUCUGGAAUGUCAGAAAGCCAAAGCACAAGCAAUUUCAAUCACAAGUGAGAUAAAGAAUGUGUCAGAGUUUAAGAAAAAAGCAAUGCCUCUCCAGGGGGAUCUAUGGAAAGAAUUAUCCAAAAUAGAAAAAGAACAAUGUAGGAUGAAAUACCAAGGAGACACUAACAUUAAUACUUAUAAAAGGGAACUGUCAAAAAAAUGUUUUGAGCUACACAGGACACAGUACCAGUGGGAGUUACCGCGUAGCUUAGAGAAUUAUAUGAAUAGUUUAAUAACAUUGUCCCCAGUGGAAAGGGAAUAUUUUAUCAGAUGGAUGAAGUUUUAUUUGGAGGUAAUAACAAGAAAUAGUCUGUUAGUCUUACAGGCUGAAUACGAAAAGAAAUACAGUGAACUGUCAAAAAAUUCUUAUGAAUUGGAUCAAUUAUACCAUAAAACGUCUGAAAGCUCUUUGGGGGUUGACCAUUUUCUCCGGGAGCUGGGGCAGUUCUAUGAAGCAGAAUGUUGCAUGGUUGAUGAAAAACAAAUAAGAUCAAAUGAAAGACAAUUUACUAAACUCCCUGGAGUAGCAGCUGAUCUCCUGCUGGAUGGAUUCCCAUUAGAGCUCAUAGAUGGAGAUGCCUCCAAUAUCCCUCUGAAAUGGAUAACAGCUGUUCUGAAAGAGCUGAACAAGAAGAUAGUGGGAAGGUGCAGAAUGAGAGUAAUCACGGUGCUGGGAGUGCAGAGCACAGGGAAAUCCACCCUCCUGAACACCAUGUUUGGGCUGCAGUUCCCCGUGGCCAGUGGACGUUGCACACGAGGAGCCUUCAUGACACUGAUUAACGUGAAAAAGAACUUACAAAAAGAGCUGGGUUGUGACUUUAUUCUGGUGAUUGACACUGAAGGUCUGAAGGCUUCAGAAAUGGCUUCUCUGGAGGACAGCUAUGAACAUGACAAUGAGUUGGCAACUCUAGUGAUUGGGUUGAGUGAUAUCACCAUAGUCAACAUGUCCAUGGAAAAUGCUACAGAAAUGAAAGACAUUUUACAGAUAGUAGUCCAUGCCUUCCUUAGAAUGAAAGAAGUCGGAAGGAAACGCAACUGCUUCCUCGUACAUCAGAAUGUCAGUGAUGUGUCUGCUUAUCUGAAUAACAGAAUAAAUAGGAACAAACUCUUGAAUGAACUAAAUGACAUGACACACAUUGCAGCAAAAAUGGAGAAAAGAGAAGUUCGAAUGGAUUUUUCUGAUAUUAUGACCUAUGAUCCUGACAAGCACAGUUGGUACAUCCCAGGGCUUUGGCACGGUGUCCCACCAAUGGCCCCAAUAAACUCCGGGUAUAGUGAAAACAUCUUCAAGCUGAAAAAAUAUUUGUUUGAAUUCAUGAAAAAAAGCCAGAACUCUGGGCCUCAAAACAUUGAUUCUUUCACAGAAUGGAUGAGCAGUUUGUUGAAAGCUGUAAAAUAUGAAACAUUUAUAUUCAGUUUUAGAAACACCCUUGUUGCUGAGGCUUAUGAGCAAUUAUCUAUGAAAUACUCAGAGCUGGAAUGGAAUUUCCGUAGUCAGGUGUAUUCAUGGCUGACAGAGCAAGAAAACAUUAUCAAAAACCAACCUCAAGAUAAACUAAAAUUUGUAACAAAGGAAUUACUCCCGAAUGAAACAACUAAAUUAUUGGACAGAGAAGAGGCCUAUAUGACAGAUCAGUUAAAAUUAUUUUUUGACCGAAGCAUUAGCCAAAUGUAUCUUGCAGAGAGAUACCGGGCCGAUUUCAUGGGCUAUGUCAAAUGCUUGCGGAAGAACAUGGAAGUCAUUAUUUCAAGUAAAUGUUGGGAAGCAGUGAAAAUCCAGAUGGGGAAACAUGAAAUACACAACAUACAAGAGAAUCGCUUUACGUUAAUUGAGGAAAAAGUAAAUAUACAUAUUAAAAACUAUAGAGCAAAGCCACGUGAUUUGAAUAACGCAGAGCUGAGAAAAGAAUUCGACUUAAUGUGGGAUAAAAUUCUGCAAGAGCUUCAAGUGGGUCGGUUAAAAAAACGCCGAAUCGACAGUGAAAUGUUCGAGCAAUUUAAGAAAGAAAUGGCAAACAGGGGAAGCCUCGUCAUGGAAAUACUGCAUAAUAUACCAUCACUCAAACAUUAUGGACAGAAUCCUUUUAAGAUGGAUAAAACCUAUAUCAACAUUCCUUUGUGGACAACAAAAAAAGUUAAAGAAUUCUUUACAAACAACUGCUAUAACAAACUAGCUAGUGCUGCAACGUCCUUAGAAUAUAGGUGCCAGAACUAUGUAUUGGACAAAAUUAAAACGGGAGAAGAUUACAAUGAGAUUUACUGUCAGAAUCUGUUGAACAUAAUCAAUCAAAAACUGAACCAAGAAGAAGUGAGAAAGCUCAAGCCCACUGUCUUGUUUGAGGUUAAUCUAAAAUUACACAUUUUGGGCACGGCGGCUCCUCAGUUUCAGAAGAUGCACGAUGACUUUGGCUUGAAAAAUGACCCCAGACUUCUCAUCAAUAGACUAAAACCACAAUAUUUUGAUAUAUUUAAGGACAAACUACAAGAGAAAGAUGAAUCCAACGCUCGAGCUAAAGAUUUCUGUGAUCAGUGCCUGAAGCCUGCAAUAACUGACCACAUUUACAAGAAUCUGGGCCAAGAAAUAACCCACGACAUUCUGAAAGAUUCCUUGGACGUCAGGUUCAACAGUCAGAAUCAGUUUCACUUUAGGAUUCUGAAAGAGCUGCUCGAAAUGAACACAUUUGAAAAUUAUGCAGAAUAUAUCACAAACUAUGAGAUUUAUGUGAAAAAAUGGAUUUCAAAAUACAUCAUCAUGAAAUAUAAAAAGACAACUGGCUUGGAUGUGUUGAUAACAAAAAAUAUUUCUUUUAUUGCUGAAAAAAUCCAAAGCACCCUCAGUGACAAAAAUGUCCAACAGAGUCGAAAUACUUCUGAAUUCUUUGAAAAAUUCCGAAAACUUUUAUGUAAAGACUUGGUGAUUUCCGACAAUGCAAUGAAAGUAAUCCUUUUCCAAAACACGGUGGAUAUCCACCGACUUUCACGCAAUAUUAAACUUCAUCUUCAGCAAUGUCAGCAAGAAAUCAGAUCAGAAAUGAAACAAUUGGGCAUUGAAUCUAUACUUGCCUGUCUGUCUCUUAAACCUCAAGCUGAAAUUCUCAAGAAGGUGUUGGGAUGUGGGAAGAAGUGUCCAUUUUGUAAUGCUCCUUGUGAAGCCAGAGGAGAUGACCAUCAGGAACACUUUGUAUCUGCUCAUCGGCCCAAGGGUUUAGCCCAAUACAGAUUUUCAGGUGACAACGGUCUUUGUACAACAACAUGUUCCACCGCUAUCAUUUCUAAUGGGGCAUUUAGGAAUCCAGACACAGAAGGAACUUGGCAUCCAUAUAGAGAAUAUAGAUCUGUCUAUCCCCAAUGGAUCAUACUGCCAGAGAUAAACCCAACAGCUUCACUUUACUGGAAGUUUGUUCUUACACGGUUCAAUUAUGAUUUUGCAAAUCUUUUCCAAACAAAUCCAGCAGAUAUCCCAGAGGAAUGGCUGAAAAUAUCUCAGAGACAAGCUCUCAGCAGCUUGGAAACCAUGUAUAACAUAAAAUAAAGGAUAUUUGAAUUUCAGGGGGGCAUUAACUAAUGCUUAAUUUUUUAUUCAUGAUUUGUGGGGUUCCAAUUUUUUCACUAUUAUGCGACAAAACUGCAACAAAUCCAAAGGCAAAAAUACCUUAUCUUAAACCUGUUGAGAUCAUGUCAAUGGUAGACAUCCCCUUUACAACUGUAAGAUCUUUCUUUGUAAUUUUAGAGGUUUUCGGGUCUUGUUAUGUUUCCUUUGGGCAAGAAUACAAAAAAGUUGCAGUUUUUGCAUUUUUUUCCCGUAUCUUUUAUUGUUCAUGCUUUUUUAAGUUUGAAUCUUUUCAUAAAUAAAUGACAUUCGUGGAAACGGGUCCAGUCGUGGUUUCAAAAAACUCCAAAAGCACGAAAAUCCGAAUGUGGAUAAAUGGGCCUCCCUGUAUUUUUAACUUCUUUUAAUGCCACUUUUAUGUCUUUGAAACUUUUUUAAUUGAUUACACAAGAGAAAAACAAACCUCCCAGGUGGAAGAUUUGAAAUCAAACUGUACUUUUUAAUGAGCAUUAAUGCUAAUAAGUAAUCAGUAAAGGAGAGCCUUUGGAGUAUCAUGAGCUAUUAUGACCUAAAUAAAGCCAUUUGGCCAUGACCAGAAAUA